AUGCCGCAGUCUGACCAACACUAUGGCAGAAACCGCGAGUCGCUCGCGGGGUUGAUCGAGCAGCUCGAGGAGAUAUUCAAAAGCCAGCCCACGGUCAAGAAAAGACCAGAUGGGCAACUUGUACUUCCCGUCGCUGGCGUUCGGGAGGUUCUCAAGAUCUUAUUCGAGCAGGCGAACAUGCCCCCGUUCAACAAGCAGGACGAGGAGUCUCUCGAGGCUAUCAAGACCACACAUCCCGAACUCGAACUUAGUCCUUCUAACUUGCUCGAGUUUGUCGCCCAACUUACAGCAAACAUGCCACCCGAGAACCGCUUGCCGAGCGUCCCUCGAAAGGCAUCUCCUACCAACGAGGCCUAUAUUCUUGGGGAUCGUGGUCGUACCUAUGGAAGGAAUGAGUCGGGAGGUUCUCGGUCCUCAAGCAGCGACUCGCUUGAGCUCAACCAUUACGACGACCCUGAUGAAACCCAACACUUUGGGCGACGUGCUGUCCCUUCAGGUUUCGAUGCUCGCGCGAGGCAGAGGACCGCACCUGUAGAACCUCCGUCUAGUUGGGGUGGCAAGCGCCCCGUCCCAGCAUCUAGACGUCGAAGGAGCGACGCCGGUAGCAAUUAUGGUGGAAGUGAUAAUGAAUCAUCGUAUGGAUAUGGCCACAACAGUGGACGACGGCGAACAUCGAAUCCAGUCUCACCUAGCUCGAGCUUCCAGCAAAGUGGCAUGAUGUUCCGUCCACCCUCUCGCCAAGGCUCUAGUGGCAUGGAUCGCUACAGUCGCCCUCAUAGUCGCUCGCACUCGUCUCUGGGCAAAGGUGGCUCGUCCUCGCAUCGUUCCGAGUCUCCCGACGCAAUGCUGGUUCAAUACUCGCCACCGCGAAAGAACUCUAUCCCUAUUCCAGGGAUGGGUGACGAUGAUGAUCAAGAGGGAGAUGGUCAGGAAGGAGACGACGAGGCUCAUCUCGUGCCCGACCCACGACUCUCUCUCAUCUCAUUUACGUCGUCGGUAGGAGACUCGGAAGACCAGCGAGAGGCCCUUCAGAAGGCAUUGGCGGAGAUUACUCGACGUGCAGCCGAUACGGAACGCAAUCUCCAGGAACAGCUUCUGGCCAGAGAGGCGGAUAUUGAUGACAUACAAAAGCAGCUGGAGAACACACGUGAGACCAUCUCUAUCCUUAGAAAAGACGAAAAGGAAUGGCGCCGCCACUAUGUCUCCCAAAUCAACGGUUUGGAAGCAGAGCUCAAUAAACUACAGCGCAAUCUAGACGUCGCUCGUUCCCAACAUCAAACCCUUUCCAAGCAGCACGCUGAACAAACAGCCGAGUUGGACAAGCACAAAGUCACGGUUCGCGCACGAGAGGGUGAGAUUCGUGAACUCGAGCAUAGGAUAGACACGGUUGAGCACGAGUGCGAAAAGGCACGAGCAGAGCAUGAAAUCGCUGAAGAACAAGUGAAGCAACUCCAAAUUGAGCUAGCCAAAGCCAACGAGGUUCAUGCCGAGUAUUUGCAACAAAAGCAGGAGAAUAUGGUUCUCAAAGAGACAAUCGAUCGCCUUCGUUAUGACCUCGAUGAUCUUCGAACUGCACAUGCCAAUGAUUCGACAAAGGGCGGUUCAUCAGCACCUGGUAGCGCAAUGCCAACCAUGAGUCGCUCAUUGGGUUCAGAGCUUCUCAGACGUCUGAAUCCAACAGAGGAGACUCCAGACGAGGGUGAAGAGUCGGACACAACUGUGGAGGAGACAGUUGAGGAAAAGAUUGAAAACGCCGAUGGAGAAGAAGACGUGUUUCAGACAAUUAUUACUCGCAAAAGGAAAAUCGUUGGCAAGGGUAAACGUGUUCAAGAGAGUGUCCUUGUGGAUGCCAGCACCCAAUAUGACGAGGAGCUCUUCAAGAGCGGCGAGGAAAAGGAUGUCAAACCAGUUGUCAAGGUUGAGGCUGCGUCACCUCGAUCACGUCUGUUACAGCUGCCCCUUGAAGACCCUCCGUCGUACCACCUGUCUGAACUCGAGCAAUCUGGCGAGGAGACCAUGUCGAUCCUCCGCAAGUGGCAUGGUGUCAAGGUCCUUGGUCCUUUACCCGGAGGCAUCUCCAGGGAAGCGGUUGAUGAUUGGCAUGCGCUCAAGCGAGAGCUUGGAAUCAAAUGCCCCAUCAUUGAGGAGAUCAUUGAGCAAUCCGAUAAGCAGGGCACUGGUUCGCGGACACCUGGCUUUACCUUUUCUCCCAUCAAGAAAGAAAGCGCAAGGCGCUACGUUGAAGGAGGCAAACGUCGCUUCUACAACAUAUACAACACGUACAUCCUAGGCGGCGAGGGUGCGAGCACCUCUGCCUCUGCGCAGCGAGAGGGUGUUGGAGCCAGCUCUGGUACCGGAGCCAUCUCGACAGGAAAGUGGGUCAUCGCCUUUGGUGCAUGGUCUGCAUUUUUGCUCUGGGUCGGAUCUGGAGGGGAAAUCACCCGUGUUGUUGCCCCUGGUGCACCGACGUACGCCGACCGAGCGCUGUGGUCGAGCUUCAAUGCCCUCACGGGUGGUGCCGGUGAAGGUUUCGGUGCUACUGCAGCAGCUCCUCCUGUCGAUGCGGUCGGUGCGGUCUGGUUCGUCGUAGAAAAGCUCGUACGCGGUGCGACGGAGAUUGCAACGCGUCGAAUCGCGUUUCCCUCAUAG